CAUCAUCUCUCUCCCUCUCUCUCCCUCUCUCUCUCUCUUGCACACAUACGCGCACUCUCGAUCUUGACUUUUGCCAGGAGGCCAAGCCAUUCGAGAGAGGUCGCGUGAGAGGCUUGUGGGAUCGCGAGCUCUGGCUGGAUGGAGAGCUUGCCGGAGGAGCUCUGUUUCAAGAUAUUCUGCUCGCUGGAUCACCAGAGCCUCGUGACUGCUCUACAAGUUUGCAGAAAGUGGAAAGUCUUGGCCUCAGCCAACCCCCUUUGGAGUAAUUUGUUCAGGGCGAGAUGGGGAGAAGAUCGCGCUGCAUUCUAUGAUCCUGCCAACUCAAAGUCAUGGAAAGAGGUGUAUGAGGUGCAGGACCGUUGUGACCGUGUCGGACUGGGACUAAAGAUAAUCGGGGAGGGGGGUGAAUACUUUAUCAUUCACCAAGGUGAAAUUCAACAUCAUCUAGGUUCAAGGACCCCUUGCCCGUCGGGUUCCAAAAGACAUCAAAAUGGGGAAGAAUUGACGCAUGAGGAGGCAUCCGGUCGAUGCCGAUGCCGAGGUAUUCUUGACAGGAUCCUGUUCUUCAUUGGGGAUUUGGAAGUGGCUUCCAUGGAUGCAAAACGCCGUCGGGUGCUAGAAUAGCAUCUAUGUUCAUAUGCUUAUAGCAUUGCCCUGUUUGUCGUAUGCAAAUCUAGAUGUAGAAUCCAAUCCGCUCACUUUGAUUUAUAAGCGAGGGGGGCCUCUCUUCUGUUGUGUAUUCAUUGCCCGAUGUAGAAAGGCCUACGCAGAGAAGUGUUUACCUUGCGUUUCAUUUCAAACUGAUGUAAUUUAUCAUUUCUAGCUGAUUCUGUACUUAGAAAAUAAAAAUGGUUCUUUCGAGAACUUCAACCUUCUUCCAA